AGUUGAACACUAAGAAACAGAGACAUUUAACGGUCAAAUCAUCUUUUGACGGGAUGGACUUUUUAACGUUAUUAUGUCCUGAUAUUUGUGGUCUCUCUAGCCUCUGUAUUGAGUUGAAUCGUAUGUGUUAAAACUCGUGGGUUGGUUUCAGUCACCGAUGCAUAAGCAUUUGGCCUUAAGUUAUUUAAGAAAAGUAUGCGUUUUUAAGAAAAUAACAUUUCGGUUUUAGUGAUUCCAGCUUUAUUGUUGUGGCUAAUGUCGGCCGAUGUCUGUAGCAAACUUUACCAGCGAGCCACCAUAUAACGCAUCAUGGUUCGUAUGAACGUUCUCGCCGAUGCGCUGAAAAGCAUCAACAAUGCAGAGAAACGUGGGAAACGCCAGGUUCUGAUCCGGCCUUGCUCCAAAGUCAUUGUGCGCUUCCUUACCGUCAUGAUGAAGCACGGCUACAUUGGCGAGUUUGAGAUUAUCGACGAUCACAGAGCUGGAAAAAUAGUUGUUAAUCUCACUGGCAGGCUGAACAAGUGUGGUGUCAUCAGCCCCCGAUUCGACCUGCAGCUGAAGGAUUUAGAGAAGUGGCAGAACAACCUCUUGCCCUCUCGACAGUUUGGAUACAUUGUAAUGACCACCUCAGCUGGCAUCAUGGACCAUGAAGAAGCCAGACGGAAACACACAGGAGGCAAAAUCCUUGGAUUCUUUUUCUAAACAUGUACAGUCUUGCAAAUAAAACAAAUUCUAGUCGACUGUU